CAGGGACAGGGGGGAAAGGGGCUUUUCUCUGUGGCCACCUGGAGAAAGCCAUGUAAGAUCAGUGGCUCGUCAACACAGAGAUAUAAUUCGACUUAAUAACCCAGUGAUGCAUAGAAGAAAUUAGUAAAGUGCUGAGUGAAUCCAAGAAGAAGACACUGGAGUUCAAGAGGAAAACAAAUACAAGUUUAUUUUAAGGGGGAAUACGUGCGCAUCGGAGCUUCAUGGACACGCGCAGAAAUCUCCAAACCAACUCCAGAAACAGAAACCCCCACAAGUACCAAGCACCAAGGAUAUCUCCAAUCAGUUUUGAUGUCAGGUGAAAGUGAAGUCAGACUGACGGAGGUUCUAUCUUUUUCCAGGCAACAGACUCAAACUUAACUUUCCGAUCGGGGGCUUGUCGGGCUGCGGUGAGGCAUGAGUGGAGGUCGCUUUGAGUUUGACGACGGCGGAGCUUAUUGCGGAGGCUGGGAGGGAGGCAAAGCCCACGGCCAUGGCAUCUGCACCGGACCCAAAGGCCAGGGCGAGUUCGCCGGCUCCUGGAACUACGGCUUCGAGGUGGUGGGAGUCUACACAUGGCCCAGCGGGAACACGUACGAGGGGUACUGGUCGCAGGGGAAGCGUCACGGCCUGGGAGCAGAAACCAAAGGACACUGGAUUUACAAAGGGGAAUGGACUCAUGGUUUCAAGGGGAGAUAUGGCAUCCGGAUCAGUGUUGGCAGUGGGGCGAAGUAUGAAGGAACGUGGAAUAAUGGGCUGCAGGAUGGAUAUGGAACAGAAACAUAUACUGAUGGAGGUACUUUCCAGGGUCAGUUCACCGGCGGGAUGCGGCACGGCUAUGGGGUCCGGCAGAGCGUCCCUUAUGGCAUGGCAGCAGUUGUCCGCUCCCCUCUUCGUACCUCCCUGACUUCACUUCGCAGCGAACACAGCAACGGCACCGUCUUGCAGCAAGACAUCCCCAUCAUCACCACCACCAACGCCUCAGGUGAGGAGACACCCGUCGCCACCCCGACCCAUCUGGGACCGUCCCGUGGAGGCUUUGCCCUCACGCUCCAGGUGGACCCAGAGGCUGGGAAACCCAAGAAGAAGGGCCUGUUUCGCAGGGGCUCCCUUCUGGGCAAGCUGAAGAAGUCAGAAUCCAGUACCUCGCUGUCCAGCCAGAAGAGCAAGAUCAGCUUUCUGAGGACGGAAUCGGCUCUCAGCUCCAACGCUAGCGACACCCACUCCACGAUCAGCAUGGACGACAGCCUGGCCGGAGCUGAGGAUUUCCCCCCAGUGGAGGCCGACAUCGACGCCACCACCACAGAGGUCUACAUGGGAGAGUGGAAGAACGAUAAACGCUCGGGAUAUGGAAUAAGCGAACGGUCCAGCGGGCUGAAGUACGAGGGCGAGUGGCUGAACAACCAGAGGCACGGCUACGGCUGCACCACCUUCGCCGAGGGAGGGAAGGAGGAGGGCAAGUACAUGAACAACAUGCUGGUGAAGGCCAUGAAGAAGAGAGUGAUCCAGCUGAAGGGAACCAAGAUCAAGCAGAAGGUGGAGCGUGGGGUGGAGGGUGCUCAGAGGGCGGCAGCCAUCGGCAAGCAGAAGGCCGAGAUCGCUGCUUCCAGGACGACCCAUUCAAAGGCCAAAUCAGAUGCAGCGGCCCAGGCCGCCCACGCUUCCAACAGUGAGUCCAGCAUCGCCAGAGUGGUGUCCAAAGAGCUCUCCCCUUCCUUCUACCAGCCAGGUCCUGAGUAUCUGAAGAAGAGAGUGUUACUGGAGGUCGCGGAGGGGAGUGAGAACACAGAGACUGUCAUGCAUGAGCCGCUGUUAGCCGAAGAGGAGCCCCUGCCCACGCCACCCGAAAGCCCAUUCAUGAAUGAACUGGACAGCCUCAGGCCUGGCUCGUCCUCAGGCCGCACCCCCUCCCCAAGCCCAGGCAUCAUCAACAAGGAAGAACCCAAACUCCUCAGUCCAGGAAGUUGGAACGAAGACAAAACUAGUAAAUGUGGUGGCAGUAAAGGUAGCAGUAAACCCAACAGCAGGCCCAGUAGUCGCCCCACUACCCCAUCAACUGCUGCUUCUGCUCCCACCAUGGCUACAACUGAGGGAGGAGGUGGCCCCUCUCGCACCCCUAGCCGUCAGAGCAGCAAGAACGAGCAGGGCUCUGACCUAGAGAUAAAGCCUCUGCAGAGGUUUGACUCAGAGGUGAAAGGUCAAGAUUUCACUCCAGCCCCUGCUGCCCCUGUAAGGAAUAGCCUCAUCUCUCCAGAUGAAGAAGAAGCACCACAACCCACCUCCAAAGUGUCCUCCAGAGCUGUCACCCCCGAGCCUAAAACCACCGAGGGCAAAACUGAAAGAGCUACACCAAUCUACGAACGAGCACCGUCCCCCCCUGAGAACAAAGUGGAGUCCAGGGAGGUGAGCAGGCCUUCGAGCAAAGCAGAGACAAAGCCAUUGCCAAAACGGCAACCCAGCCCAGCUCCGUCCCCUAAACCUGCACCCAGACUUGAACCUAAACCAGUGCCCAUGCAAGUGGAAGCCAAAGCCAUUGUUGCGAAACCAACCCUGAAGGUCGAGCCCAAAGCAGAGGCCCGACUGAAGGCCAUGGUGCCCAGCCCAAUUCAUGAGGAGGCUUUGGAGCUGGAGAGCCCAAACACCAUAAUGAUCUGCAUGGUCAUCCUGCUCAACAUUGGCCUGGCCAUUCUCUUUGUACACAUUUUGUCAUGAGACAUUGUCCACCACCUCAGGUCACAAGAAAGGCCUGCCUCCUCCUCUGUUAGGGCCAGAGAUCAAAGAUGAAGAAGCCUCGUGCAGACUGCUUGCAGCGCCUCUCAAGGUUGUUGUUGGUGUGACUGUGUGAGGCUCUGGGAAGCUCCUCUGAUUCCAGAGGUUUCACAAACGACUGAAGGACACAAACAAUAUUCAGUACACCUGAAUACGAUGAUGGCUGUAUGUUGAUGUCGGGGCUGGAUGUUAGAGCAUGUCCUCAGUGCUUAAGUUGGAGAAGCAGCGCUCAAGAAGUCUCAUUUUGUCACAGUGUGUCACAAGUGUGUCAACUUUUUGGCUAAAAAAAGGCUUUUUACUUAGUCUUUAAUUGGCACACACUGGCUGAUUAGACAAUCUCAGUAGAUAAGUAUACUUUGUCACAAGCUAUGUUGGAAUUAUGAAGGAAUUUUGAUAACAUGCAGAAUGAACACUCUCUCACCUAUGCCUUUAACUUGGUUGAUGAGACACAAAUUCAACUGAAGAUUUAGGAGUUAUAACUCCUAUUAUUAUCAUUUUACUUAGCAACAACGUCCAAUGUGUGUUAAAAAGCUGAAAAAGAUUCAUGAAGUAGGAGUCGAAAAUGUGUCUCCAGAAAAUACUGUUGAAAUACUACAAACUGUAAUCGCGACUGUAAAGUCAGUUUAUUGUUUUGAUCUUGCUCUUCAGUCUCUUAAGACUUCGAAGCACAGAGAUACAUUUCGGCUAAUUGCAUUUGAGACUGUGGUGUACUACACUGUGAACUUUCUAUUCUCACUGGGAUUUACAUUCAUUUGUCAUUCUGCUGCUUUGAUUUGAGAGCUGAUAAACCAAAUAGAGAAGGCAAAGAAGAAGCUUAUAUGAGUGUCACUGUACUGUAUCUUACCGUGGUGUUUCUCAUGCAAUGUUUUUGAGCACACGGGUGGUUUUAAAUGAGUUGUGUAUGUUUUGCAACGGAGUGAGCACGCAGAAAAGUUAAAGCCGGGAUUUAUCUUAUUUAAAACAAUCGGUACGUUGUAGUAAGGUUUCUCAAUCUACAGAUUUAUAAAUACGACGGUAGCAGCAGGAAGAGGGUUAGGAUGAUGGUUUUUUUUCCUGUGAGCUUUUCAUGGAUGAAUGUAUGUUUCAGUGUCGAAAAGUAUCCACUCUGUUCCUCGCAGCAUUACAUUUAAGGCCUGUUAAGCUUAAAAGUCAAAUAAGACUUCAAUUCUUGUACACGUGAGGGCACUUUGUGUGAAUGAGUCUGUUUUGUAUCGUUUUGGAGUGCACAUCUUUUCAGCAAAAUAUUGUCAGAGGCAGAUAUGGAACACUAAAUGUAUUUAUUUCUCAAAAGGAGUCAGAUAAACCUGUGUUUGUGAGAUGGAGAGAAAAUGGUUGUUAACUCCAUGUCUUACAUUGAGAAGAGAGAAUGCUUUUUUGCCUUUGCAUCUGCAGAUCAACUCAGACCCCUGCCUGGUUGAGCAUCGUUUAUGCAAAAUGAAAAUGUACAAUGUUAGUUUUAAUAAAUCUUGUAUUCAGAAUAAACAAAAAACCAAUUAAAAGAAAAUGAAAAGUGCAAUAAAAUAAAUAUUUACAUAGGUCAGUGUAAUGUAGAAGCCAUUGUUUUUGGUCUGCUUCAGUGCAUUUAACAUAAAUAGUAUUUCUUAAUUUGAAUGAAUGCAUUUGUAGCCAACCAUGGUGGAAAUGACAAAACGGAAACCAAAUAAAAACAUUUUACAACAGUU